AUGUCUUCGAACCAAGAUGAAGCUUAUCUGCUCAGAAACCGUGACCAAGCCGAGACUGAACGGCUCAACUUCCAACAUGACGUACUCAAGAAGAUCAUGGGUAGUCACAUAGCUCAUCCCCAACUACCUUUGGAAAAGAUCCAAAGUGUUGCCGAUAUCGCCACUGGAACUGCAAUUUGGCUCCGUGAGCUACAGGACUUCUACGCCACUGCUUCCAACGGUAUCAACGGAAAGAGAUAUCUUCACGGAUUUGAUAUCAGCGAUGCCCAAUAUCCCUCUGAUCUCAAGGACAUAACGCUGUCCAUUCAUGACGUCACUCGUCCGUUCGACGAGCAAUUUCACAACCUAUUCGACCUCGUUCAUGUAAGGCUUUUGGUGUUUGCAUUGACACCAGCGCAGAUCCAGCAGGCUAUUUUCAAUAUAAUACAGAUAGUUGCUCCAGGAGGAUACAUCCAAUGGGAUGACCUCCGCACAGGGGAGGUGGGAUUCAACGUCCCGCACACUGGACUUGAACCAGAUCUUAGUAUCAUAAACGACUUUGCAACUUCCAUGGGGUUCAGUGACCGAUUGCCAUUUCUGAUUAAAGAGCAUUUCGAGGAGCUCGGACUGAAGGACGUCGCAUCUGCCGAAUACUCUUCUUUGAAUGAACCAGACGCAACUGAAUUGGCAAGAAAGUGGUAUGCAGUUACGAUAAGAACUUUACUGGUGGAAGUUCUCAAGAGAAAAGGUCUUUCAGAAGAGGAGCUCACUCAAAAGGUACGGGAGUUCGAGCGCAGAACUGCCGCUGCUUUUGAAAAGGGCGUGAUCCCUCGUAUACUUACUGGAUCUAUUGUGGGGCGAAAGCCUAUGCAGGGAUAGAAUAGUUUGUAUAAGAGAAUCCUGUUAGAUAUGCUCUUAACAUCCACAGUCCAGGUUAUUAUCUAUAUGCACCGACAG